CCCCACACCCUCCUGACGACGCCGCCCCCCCGGCCAACGGUGGAAGGAAAAGUUGCAAGGGCGCGCGCGGUGCACUCCAUCGCGUCAAGAACUGCAGCAUCACCAGUCCACCACCGGCACCGCACCGUAGGGAAGAAGAAGAAGAAAGCUACCGAGCCAGCGAUCAAAGCUUACUGCUCACCAAGUCACCAUGAGGACGCUGUUCCGCUGCUUCGUGGGCUCGGAGCCGGCGGGGAGCGAGAUGAGCGGGGACGAGAGGGCGCCGGCGGCAGCGAGGACGACGAAGAAGAAGGCGGUGCGGCGGAUGGCGAGCGCGACGGCGCGGCUGCGGUCGCUGUCGCUGGACGACCUGUCGCGGACGCUGGCCACCUCGGGGCUGCACGCCUUCACCCUGGCGGAGCUCAAGGCCGCGACCCGCAACUUCUCCAGCAGCCACUUCAUCGGCGAGGGCGGGUUCGGCCCCGUCUACAAGGGCUUCCUCGACGAGCGGCUCCGGCCCGGGGAGCUACAGCCGCAGCACGUCGCCGUCAAGUACCUCGACGCCGACGGGCCGCAGGGCCACCGCGAGUGGCUGGCCGAGGUGGUGUACCUGGGGAUGUUGAGCCAUCCGCAUCUGGUGAAGCUCAUCGGGUACGGCUGCCAGGACGAGCAGAGGAUGCUCGUCUACGAGUACAUGGCCAGGGGCAGCCUCGAGCACCACCUCUUCAAGAAUCUGCUGUCGAGCCUGCCGUGGUGCACCAGGCUCAAGAUCGCCGUCGGCGCGGCCAAGGGGUUGGCGUUCCUGCACGAGGCCGAGACGCCGGUGAUCUACCGCGACUUCAAGGCCUCCAACAUCCUGCUCGACUCGGAUUACACGGCGAAGCUGUCAGACUUCGGGCUGGCCAAGGAGGGCCCGCAGGGCGACGACACCCACGUCACGACCCGCGUGAUGGGGACCCACGGCUACGCCGCCCCGGAGUACAUCCUCACGGGCCACCUGACGUCGAAGAGCGACGUGUACAGCUUCGGCGUGGUGCUGCUGGAGCUGCUGACGGGGCGGCGCAGCGUCGACAAGCGGCGGCGCGGGCGGGAGCAGCACCUCGUCGACUGGGCGCGCCCCUACCUGCGCCGCCCGGAGCGGCUGCACCGCGUCAUGGACCCCAGCCUCGACGGCCAGUACUCCGGCAAGGCCGCGCACAAGGCCGCCAUGGUCGCCUACCACUGCCUGCACAGCGUGCCCAAGUCGCGGCCCACCAUGCGCGACGUCGUCGACACGCUCGAGCCGCUGCUCGCCAUCUGCGGCGACGUGCCCGCGGGGCCCUUCGUGUACACGGCGCCGGCAGACGACGGGAAGGCCGACGAGGCGGCGGCGGCGGCCAGGAAGAAGUGCCUCGCGUCGGCGGUGCACGCCGAGGGCGAGCUGCUGCCGGCGGGGAACCAGCGGUACGCGAGGUCGGUGGCGGGGCGCAAGAGCUCCUCCCCGAAGCUGAGCAGGGACAGGGGCGCGUGAUCGCGCGACGGUGUCGGCACCGACGGUCGAUGCAUGCGUGUUGGCCUGCGCAUCUCUGUUCCCUGACGAAAUUGCAUUGUGAAGUGUAUAUAGUUAGUGUCAGCAAUGCGUAAGAUUAAUUUGUUCGUUGAUUCAUUUUCUUGGUUAUCCUGCUCUGGAAUGGAUAACCAAGAACAGAUUGUACUCAAGCUGCUUUUUUAGGAAAAGAGGGCCUCCUUUUUUCCUUUACCUUUACGGCAUGGUGUGCCAACUCUUGCUUCCAGAGAAUAAAAGGAAGAUGAGAUUAUUGUGA